ACUGUUUGAGACAGUAUAAAACUGCCUGUGAUGGUGAACACAAAGUAAUGGCGUGAAAAACGGCUCAUUAUUUCACUAUGUUAGUAAUUACCAAAAAUAAGAAGCGACCAUAUCCAAACCGUACGUUUUCUUAACCCUUCUCAGAUUUUUAAACUUAGAAUCUGGCGGGAGCCAACGGUCGAGAGGCAACGGAUACUACAUGGUGGGUAAUGUUGAUAACAAUAAGAAGAUUCAAUAGAAAACUCAUUCGUCUUCCCAAAUACCUUAUACCGAUCACAACAUAUUCCAAUCCACACCUCUUUUCCAAAUCCCCUAAUUCGAAACCCCUUCCUCAUGUAUCAAUUCGUCCUUCCUCCGUUCCCGCCUGCUACCCGUUCGACGAAAUGCCUUAUAGAGCUGACUUUGUCAUUCACGCCCUCAAUCUUUUCAAACAUUCCAUAGUAUACCCAAACACCGUCGCCGCUCUUCAUUGCCUAUCGCUUAAAACCAACUCGAUCUCGGAACUCUCGGUACGUACUGCCGUCCUCACGGCAUACGCCAGAGCCUGUGACGUCGAUUCCUCCCUGUGUCUCUUCGAUGAGAAUUUCGCUCGAGAUUUAAUCUCCUGGAACGCCAUCAUCAAUGCGUGCGUCCUCAAUCGUGAUUUUCGCACCUCUAUGGUGCUCUUUCGGGAAAUGUUAGAAGAGUUCGGGGCAUUUGAUUCCACGACACUCGUAACUGUACUAUCGGCCGUGUCUCGUGAUCGUAACUUGAAGCUUGGGAAGAUUCUACAUGGUACCAUUGUAAAACGAUGCUUCGACAUGGACUGUUUCCUUUGUAAUGCUCUUGUCGAUAUCUAUGCAAAAAGUGGCGACUUGGAUUCUUCGGAGCUUGUAUUUGAGAGGAUACAGAGCAAGGACGCCGCUUCAUGGAAUUCUAUGAUACGCGGAAGCCUCUUAAACAAACUACCUGAGAGGUCGGUUUUUUACUUCAGAGAAAUGAAUCGUUCGAUUACUAGAGCAGAUGAAGUAAGCUUGUCCUGUAUUAUUUCUGCUUGUGCUUCUUCGAAAGAGCUAUUCGCCUUCGGAAAAUCAAUCCAUGGUUCGAUAAUUAAAUUGGGUUACGAUGGAAUCUCUUCUUCUGUUUCAAACUCUCUAAUAUCAUUCUAUUCUCGGUUUGGAUAUGCAGAAGCCGCAGAACAAGUGUUUAUCGCUGUUUCUUAUAAGAAUGUAGUCUCGUGGAAUGCAAUGAUCAAUGGUUUGGUAGGAAAUGGAAGAGUUGAUGAAGCAAUAUAUAUUUUUAAAGAGAUGCAAUCAACUGGGGCAAAUCAGCCUGAUGUGGCCACUUUGGUAACAAUAAUCCCGGCAUGUGGUGAAUUUAAACUACUUCUACAAGGAAGAUCUAUUCAUGGAUACACAAUUCGGAGGGAGCUCUAUCGUUCAGAUUCUUCAAUAGGAAACAGCUUACUGAAUAUGUACUUUGAAUGUUGUGACCCAGCAUCUGCCGACAUUCUGUUUGAUGCAAUGCCAAAUAGAGACCUGAUCUCUUGGAACACAAUGAUCUCCGGCUACGCACGAAAUGAUUCAUUGAGAGACAAGGCUCGAGUUAUUUUUCGCGAACUACUCCGAACUAGGCUUGAUUGCAGCUUGAUUACUCUCUUGGCUAUUCUACCUUCAUGCAGUUGCACACAAGACCUUACCUUCGGAAAAGCAAUUCACUGCUUGACAAUUAAGUACGGAUUUGAGAGCCGUGUUUUGGCCAUCAAUGCUCUCGUGCACAUGUAUAUUAAUUGCGACGACCUCCGAGCAUCUUUCUUGCUAUUGAAAAGUAAUAUAUCUAUGUCUGAUAUUGUUUCAUGGAACACAAUCAUAGUAGGCUGCGUACAAAGUGAGCGCUACAAGGAUGCGAUCGAAGCUUUUGUAUUCAUGCAUUCCUCUUUGCUUCUAAACCCUGACCCUAUCACAUUGGUUAGUACUAUUGCAGCUUGUGGUCAUCUUAACCUGCUUUACCUUGUGAAAAGUAUGCAUGGGUUUGCAUUGAAGCAUCUAAUGGUGUCCGAUGUUAAGGUUAGGAAUGCCCUAAUAACUUCAUACUCUCGAUGUGAGGAUAUAAGCAGUGCGGAUUCGGUCUUUUGUAUGGGCGGAGAUAAAAAUUUGUGCUCCUGGAAUUGCAUGAUCUCGGGUUUAGUGCAGAAUGAGGAAGGUGAUAAGGCUUUAGAGUUAUAUCGCCAAUUGGAAGAUUUUGAACCUAACGAAAUUUCGAUAGUUGGUAUUAUUUGUGCUUGUUCUCAAUUAGGAGAUCUCAGACAUGGUAUGGAAAUUAAUGGUCACGUAUUCAGAUUUGAGCUACAAAAGAAUGUUUAUAUAUCGGCAGCGCUUGUUGAUAUGUAUAGCAAGUGCGGAAGGCUGGAUAUUGCUGUUCGAGUAUUCGAAAAUUCCGCUGAGAGAUCUACUGCUUCGUGGAAUUCCAUGAUAUCAGCUUAUGGGCUUCAUGGAAACGGAAGAAAAGCGAUCGAGCUUUUCUGGGAGAUGGUUCAUUUGGGUAUAGAAGCUACUAAGAGCACUUUCAUAGCUCUUUUGUCGGCUUGUAGCCACUCCGGCUUAAUUGAUGAAGGAUGGAAGUACUACAACCUCAUGUCAGAAAAAUUUGGGAUAAAACCAACUUGUGAACACAAUGUUUGCGUGGUCGACAUGCUCGGUCGUGCAGGGCGAAUUGAAGAGGCUCACGAAUUUGUCAAUAAAUUGUGCAUAAAACCUGAAGAUGGAGUUUGGGGAGCUUUACUAAGCGCUUGCGAAGAUUAUUCCAAUCUAGAAAUGGGGAGAUCUAUUUCGAAACAUUUAUUUAGCUUAGAACCUAAAAACACUGGUUAUUAUGUUACUCUUUCUAAUCUAUAUGCCCAUCAUGGAAUGUGGAUGGAUUCAGUAGAAAUUAGGAGCAAUAUUAAAGAUAGAGGACUUGUGAAACCUCCUGCUUGCAGUGUAAUUGAUGUUUACUCGAAUGUGUAGAUAACUGAAGUUGUUUGCUUGCAUGGU